GACAAGUCUGGAUUUAUGUCAAGACUCGUCGACAGUUACAAAGGAAGAGGAGUGUUUGCCAUGCAGCCCAUUGAACCAGGGGACUUUGUACAUCAGAUGUUCCACAAGGAAUCAAAGCCAGAUGAGACUCAACCACAGGUGACAGACCCUCAGACUCCUGCAGUAGAGACAGAGACCAGCCCUGUACAUCAGAUGCUCCACAAGGAAUCAAAGCCAGAUGAGACUCAACCACAGGUGACAGACCCUCAGACUCCUGCAGUAGAGACAGAGACCAGCCCUGUACAUCAGAUGUUCCACAAGGAAUCAAAGCCAGAUGAGACUCAACCACAGGUGACAGACCCUCAGACUCCUGCAGUAGAGACAGAGACCAGCCCUGUACAUCAGAUGCUCCACAAGGAAUCAAAGCCAGAUGAGACUCAACCACAGGUUUUUACUGUCCAAGGGUUUUCGCUCGUUGAUUAUUCAGAAAGUGAUGAAACUGAUGAGGACUUUAUGGAGAACAAAAGUCCCACUCCACACCGUGAUGUUCUCAGGAAGAUAACAGAAAACACUCUGUGGGAUAGAGUACAAGAUUUUGCUGGGUGUCUCUACGAUUCAGAUGACGACAGCACAGAGGGCACUUCCAUUUCUAAGCCUGAAAGGGAUUCACCGAGGCUGAGAAGAAGCUCUUGCCACCCUACGUCAGUCUACCAGGAGAACAGAGGUCAGAAGAUGAGGAGAGCAUGUCAUCCCUGCAAGAAUGUACCUCCACAUCACAUGUCCAAAGCCAGGCAGCGUCUUCAACAGAUGUCAGUAUGCCAGAACAACAGUGGUCAGAAGAUGAGGUCAGCAUGUCAUCCCUGCAAGGAUGUACCUCCACAUCACAAGUCCAAAAAAAGAGUGUGUCCGCAAGAAAGAGAGGUAAGCAAGCUGCUGUACAGCAUUGGACAACCGAGGAGAUUGCUGCAGUAGAAAAACAUCUGAAGAAGUUCAUUGUGAGACAAGAUGAUCCAGGUAAAGCGACUUGUGAGCGCUGCAUUUCUGUAGUACCGCAAGCGCUGCAAAAAAGAGACUGGAAAGCAGUCACGUAUUUAAUCAAAAAUAGAAUAACUGCCAUGAGAAGAAAAUUGUAAUGAAAGCAGUUCACUGAUCGGGAGUAUGGAGACAUGUUUUCAGUUUGCCCUCCAACACUUUUUUGUUCAAGGUCUGUUUUGUUGUAUUGUUUCCACCUGUCUCUAUAACGCAUUAUAAAUAUAUUUAUAAUGACCUUAUAGCACUGUACACAUAUAGUUAUAAACACUCAUCAAUUAUUAUAAUGCUUUAUAACAAUCAUAACAGUUAUUAUUGUUAUAUAGCAUUAAGAUCAUUUAUGAGUGUUUCUAUAGUUAUACAGUGCUAUAACCUCGUUAUAAAUAUUUUUAUAAUGACGUUAUAGAGAUACACGUUAAACAAAGUGUUACUCAAAGGGUUACCACUUUUUUUGUUUUGUGUAAAGUGCAGUCUGAUCAUUUACCUGUUGGUAAAAUAAAUACAUGCUCCUCAGGA